AUAAUUUUAAUAAAACCUUAACGACAAUGAUGCAAACAGGAUUGUACAGAUCAGUCUAUGAUAAGAACGAGAGAAUGAAGAGAAGGGAUGAGAACUUCAGUAAAAAUCUAGAAGGAAUCCAUCAAAAACCGAGAUAUGGGAUGUUCUCCUUCCCAUCCAACAUUGAUCCUUCCAUUGAGAAGAAGAGAAACACCAUGACCAACAACUUCAGAGGAUAUGAAGGAAAUAAGAAGAAUUUUGGGACUGCUAAGAUGCAGAAAGGAGGCCUCGAUGGGGCGCUAUUCUCAACUCCUGGAUACAACUGUAUUGGUGAUCCUUACGAAGACCCUGGAAAGUUCAAACUCAGAUCUGAGAGUGCCACUUCAAGGAAAAACCUUCAUAAUAAUGAGUUUAGAACCGGAGGAAGAGUCAAUCAUAAGGACGGUAGCGAUUAUUUGAACACACCUGACCUUACCAGAAGAAAUGUGAGUGCAAAUAGGACUUGGGGCCCAAGAGGUUUCUUCACUUCUCCUAAUAAGAAAGGAAUUGCACCUGGUUCAUUACUCCAGAGGAACCCUUACCCUCACAUGGCUGAUGAGUACGACCGUAAGAAGGAUAUGAUGAGAGAUGAGCUUAUGAGACAAAGAGCCCUCGAUCUCGCAAAUGGCUUCAAAAACGUAGUUAAAGGAAAAGAUACAUUUGGAUCAAAUAAAGAUGAAUAUGGAGAGGAUAAGCUAAAUAUUCAGGAUAAGCGCCUAGCUAAGAAGUAUGAAGGAGUAAAGCAUACUCAACCAUGGAAGUAUAAUAAUGAAUCGAGGUUUGCUAAAAAGACCAUCAAUGAGGUCCCAGCGUAUAUAGAUGAGAAGAAGAAUGAUGGUCCUAUUGAGGCAGUUGUAAGGAAGCAGAAUGAGAUGCCUUGGUAUUACACCUACAACAGAAGAUCAGAGCCAGCUGAUACUAUUAUGCAUCACUUUAAGAAUAAGCCAAAGUAUGCAUUCUUAAAGUAA